AUGGACCAAACACCAACUGCCAAGUGGACUGUUAAAUUUGUCGGAAAAGGAGAUAUUUCGGAGAAAGCCAUGGCGACUGGACAAUUGUUCUCCAAAACCACUCAAGCACUAUUUUACAAUUACAAGCAACUACCCAUCCAGCGGAUGCUUGAUUUUGAUUUUCUUUCCGGUAGAGACACACCUUCUGUUGCUGGAAUCAUAAAUCCUGGCUCUGAGGGGUUUCAGAAACUAUUCUUUGGCCAGGAGGAAAUAGCCAUCCCAGUCCAUUCCACAAUUGAAGCGGCUUGUGCUGCACAUCCUACCGCUGAUGUUUUCAUAAACUUUGCAUCAUUCAGAAGUGCUGCUGCAUCAUCUAUGGCCGCUCUCAAGCAACCAACUAUUAAGGUUGCAGCUAUCAUAGCUGAAGGUGUACCUGAAUCAGACACCAAACAGUUGAUUGCUUAUGCAAAAGCAAACAAUAAGGUUGUCAUUGGACCCGCUACUGUGGGUGGUAUUCAAGCUGGAGCAUUUAAGAUUGGAGAUACUGCUGGAACGAUUGAUAAUAUUAUUCAGUGCAAGUUAUACAGGCCUGGAUCUGUUGGCUUCGUCUCCAAAUCUGGUGGUAUGUCGAAUGAACUAUACAGUUCGAUUGCUCGUGUCACAGAUGGAAUUUAUGAAGGCAUUGCAAUUGGAGGAGAUGUAUUUCCUGGGUCUACACUUUCUGACCAUGUCCUGCGGUUUAACAAUAUCCCUCAGAUUAAGAUGAUUGUCGUUCUUGGAGAACUUGGUGGACGUGAUGAAUAUUCCCUAGUUGAGGCCCUAAAAGCAGGGAAGAUCAACAAGCCUGUGGUUGCCUGGGUCAGUGGAACUUGUGCUAAGCUCUUCAAAUCGGAGGUCCAGUUUGGUCACGCGGGGGCCAAGAGUGGUGGUGAGUUGGAAUCUGCUCAGGCCAAAAAUCAAGCACUUAAGGAUGCUGGUGCUGUUGUUCCAACUUCUUAUGAAGCAUUUGAAGGUGCAAUCAAAGAAACAUUCGAGAAACUGGCCGAGGAAGGUAAAAUCUCACCCGUGAAGGAGGUCAAACCUCCUCAAAUACCAGAAGAUCUUAACUCGGCUAUAAAGAGCGGGAAAGUUCGGGCUCCAACGCACAUUAUUUCCACAAUCUCUGAUGAUAGAGGUGAAGAGCCAACAUAUGCUGGUGUACCAAUGUCCUCCAUUGUUGAACAGGGAUUAGGAGUUGGCGAUGUCAUUUCUUUGUUGUGGUUUAAGCGGAGCCUUCCUCAUUAUUGCACACGUUUUAUAGAGAUUUGUGUAAUGUUGUGUGCCGAUCAUGGUCCCUGUGUCUCUGGUGCCCACAACACGAUUGUGACUGCUAGAGCUGGAAAAGACCUGGUCUCCAGUCUUGUUUCAGGUUUGCUGACAAUUGGCCCUAGAUUUGGCGGGGCUAUUGACGAUGCCGCUCGAUACUUCAAAGAUGCUUUUGAUAGGGGUCUUACCCCUUAUGAGUUUGUGGAAGGCAUGAAAAAGAAGGGCAUUCGUGUUCCUGGUAUUGGGCACAGAAUCAAGAAUGCUGACAACCGAGACAAGAGGGUGGAGUUGCUACAGCGUUUUGCACGGGCUAAUUUCCCAUCCGUCAAGUACAUGGAGUAUGCUGUUACAGUAGAAACCUAUACCCUGUCAAAAGCAAACAACCUCGUACUAAAUGUUGAUGGUGCUAUCGGGUCCUUGUUCCUGGACCUUCUUGCUGGUAGUGGCAUGUUCACCAAGCAAGAAAUCGAUGAGAUUGUUGGGAUUGGCUAUCUCAACGGUCUCUUUGUUCUUGCUCGUUCCAUUGGUCUCAUCGGGCACACGUUCGACCAGAAGAGACUGAAGCAGCCGCUUUACCGCCACCCGUGGGAAGAUGUUCUUUAUACCAAGUGA